CGUGAGGGGAAGAGGAAGAAUCCGCGCUCGGCUUGGCGCCAGAGCGACUGCGCGGAGGGAGCGGCGCCGGGGGUUGGCUGGCGCGGUUGCUAGGUUACGGCUUGCCGUCGCGCGCGGAGAGGAGUUCGUGGAUGGGAGGGAACCGUUAAAUUAACGGGUCUCGUUAGCCCACUGCGCGUGCGCGCGGGAAAGGGUCAGAAUACACAUUUAGAGGAUUCUAGUGCGUAACGUAUGCUUGUUUCUAAAGAGAAAUUUGAAGAAAAGAGAAAAAAUGGCAAGUAAUCACAAGCCUCCUACAGCCCGCCCGUCUUCAAGAGCAGGACUAGGCCUGGGAGCCAGACCGCCCUCAUCCUCACUACGGCCUCCAUCCGCAGCUCUACUUGGAGGAGGAAUUAAGGUUGCAGACCGUCCAGUGACACAACAAGGGCUGAGUGGAAUGAAAACUGGAAUGAAAGGUCCACAGAGACAAAUUAUGGAUAAAUCCUACUACCUGGGAGUGCUCAGGAGCAAAAUAAAUGAACUCACCGCAGAAAUUAACAAGCUUCAGAAAGAAAUCGACAUGUAUAAUCAGGAGAAUUCUGUGUACCUAUCAUAUGAAAAAAGGGCAGAGUCUUUAGCUAGUGAGAUCAAAGAGUUUCAAGGGCAACUAGCUGAUUACAAUAUGCUGGUGGAUAAACUUAAUACCAAUACCGAUAUGGAGGAAGUAAUGAAUGACUAUAACCUGUUGAAGACUCAAAAUGACCGUGAAGCUCAGGGCAUAGACAUCAUUUUUACAGAAAGACAAGCCAAAGAAAAUCUCAUUCAAGCUGUGGAAGAUGACAUCCAGCAGGAAAAGCAGGCAGCGGAAAACAUAGUCAAAAAUAUGUCUGAAGAGGAUCAAGCUAAAUACAUGGAGAUGAAAGUGGCAAAUGAAAAGCUCUUGCAGGAAUUGUGUGCUUUACAGCAAGAACUGGAUGCUGUGAAUAUAAAAGAACAGUCUCUAGAAGCUGAAAUAGCACACUCCCAGGUUAAACAGGAGGCUCUGCAACUGUAUGAAAAGCUUCAUGGCCUUGAGGAACAUCGGAAUCAAAUGAUGGCAGAGGACAAAAGUAUGGGCUCUCCACAGGAGGAGAGAGAGAGAUUGCUAAAACAGGUGAAGGAAGACAACCAAGAAAUAGCAAGCAUGGAGAGACAGCUGACAGACAUAAAAGAAAAAAUCAACCAACUUAACGAAGGAAUACGGCAGCUUGACAUGGAUUUAGAGGAGCAGCAAGGUGAGAAGAAUCUGAAAUACAAGGAGUUGAAGAAAAGAGAAGAAAGCAUGGACAACUUUCUUGAAUCUUUUGAAGAGGCAAAGAACCAGGAACUAGAACGGAAAACACAGAUAGAGGCCAGUAUUGUGGCAAUUUUAGAGCAUUCAAGCAGGAAUGUAAAUCGCAUGAAGCAGAUAUCUUCUGUAACAAACCAAGAGCUGAAAAUCAUGCAGGAAGAUCUCACUUUCAAAUCAAGUGAAAUGCAGAAAUCACAGAGUACUGCGAAAAACCUGGGAACAGACAGCCAACGUCUGCGGAUGGACCUCCAGAAAAUGGGCCUGCUGGAAGGCAAGAUGGUUGAUGAACUGACUUCUCUCAAAGAAAAAAUAGAGCAAAUGACCAAAGACCUGGAACUUUACAACAAUCUGCCAGCUCUGAAAACAGCAGGAGAGGAAAAGAAAAAGAAACUGCAAAAAGAGAAAGAAACACUAACGAAGCGUAGGAAUGCUUUCAAGAAAACUAUGGAGCAUCUGAAUAGAGAAUAUGAAAGCUUGAAGUUGCAGCUGCAGGAGAACGAGACACAUUCACAGCUUACGAAUUUGGAAAGGAAAUGGCAACACCAUGAACAAAAUAAUUUUGUCAUGAAAGAAUUUAUAGCAACGAAAAGUCAGGAAAGUGAUUACCGGCCUAUAAUGAAGAAUGUGACAAAGCAGAUUGCAGAAUAUAACAAAACUCUCAUCGAAGCUUUACAGAACAGCAGGACCUGAGCUUAGGCACUUCCUUCGCAUGUCUGUGGACCAAUGAGAAUUAUUAUUUAUAGUGCUACACACUUCCCCAGUACACAACAGCAAUAUCUAUGUGCAUUUUUCAUUCUGGCUAGUUAACAACAACCAGGAAUUUGUUUCUUUAAAAUUAACUUCACUGGAUUUAGUCCUCUAUUCUCUGCCAAUGGUUUAUUGGAAACAAUGUAAUUUACAUCAUUUUGGCCUUACUAAGUUAAGAAAAUAAUUCUAGCCAUCUUAUUUUAAGAAUUUUUAAUAAGGGGAGAGGGGUGAAUUGUAGGUAUAAAAUCAGAUAUGUAGCAAUAAAUAAUUUAAAAAACUCAAGGGGGAAUUAUCCAGCAUUAUUUUCAAGAGAAUAUUAUUUCAUAGGGAUCACAUGCCAUAGGAUACAAGUUCUCAUGCCUCAGAAUUCAAGAAAAUGGGUUUUUGGCUAUACUGUGAACAUAAAAUUGUUUCUAAAUUUA